ACAGUGCUACACCGUCUCGAACUCGCGAUAUAAGCCAAGAUGAUACUGUCCCCGGACAGCAGUGUCCAGGGUAACAUCGCAGUCGCUCCACCGGCUCCACCUCAGUCACCGAUGUCCAGUCUUUCCGCGAAUGUUCAGACCCACGCGGUUUCAGGCCCCGCGGCAUCAUCCCGGCUAACAGCUCAUGUCACCCCCGUUUCGGGUGCCGUCAAUCAGCGAUCCGGCUAUCACCACGUCUCGUCCCACAUGCCGACGAUGGACUCUACCGUCUCCUCGGCGAGACCUGAACCCGAGCUCAAUAUAGAAUUCGACGGUACUACCGUUCUGUGUCGGGUUUGCGGUGACAAGGCAUCCGGGUUUCACUAUGGAGUCCAUUCCUGCGAAGGAUGCAAGGGUUUCUUCAGGCGCAGUAUACAACAGAAAAUACAGUACAGGCCGUGCACGAAAAAUCAACAGUGCAGCAUACUUCGCAUCAACAGAAAUCGCUGCCAGUAUUGCAGGCUGAAGAAGUGCAUCGCCGUUGGAAUGAGCCGAGAUGCGGUUCGAUUUGGCCGAGUACCUAAGCGGGAAAAGGCCAGGAUACUCGCCGCCAUGCAGCAGAGCUCGCACAGUCGUUCUCAGGAGAAGGCCGUCGCCGCCGAACUCGAGGACGACCAACGGCUACUCGCAACCGUCGUCAGGGCUCACCUCGACACCUGCGACUUCACCAGGGAAAAGGUCGCCCCGGUUUUGGCCAGGGCGAGGGAGACACCAAACUACACCGCCUGUCCGCCGACCCUGGCAUGCCCGUUGAACCCGAAUCCUCAGCCGUUGACGGGUCAGCAGGAGUUGCUGCAAGAUUUCUCGAAGAGGUUCUCGCCGGUCAUCCGAGGCGUCGUAGAGUUCGCAAAACGUAUACCCGGAUUCAGUCUGUUGGCUCAGGACGACCAGGUAACGCUACUGAAGGCCGGAGUGUUCGAGGUGCUGCUCGUACGACUCGCUUGCAUGUUCGACGCCCAGACGAACAGCAUGAUAUGCCUUAACGGUCAGGUGCUGAAACGAGAGUCGAUUCACAACAGCAGUAACGCCCGCUUUCUGAUGGACUCGAUGUUCGAUUUUGCCGAGCGAGUGAACGCCUUGCGGUUAUCCGACGCCGAGUUGGGCCUCUUCUGCUCGGUAGUCGUCAUAGCCGCCGACAGGCCAGGUCUGAGAAAUACCGACCUGAUCGAGCGCAUGCACAACAAAUUGCGCAGCGCGCUCCAGGCUGUAUUGGCCCAGAACCAUCCCCAGCAGCCGGAUAUUCUGAGGGAACUGUUGAAGAAGAUACCCGAUCUACGUACGCUGAACACCCUACACUCCGAGAAACUUCUGGCGUUCAAAAUGACCGAACAACAACAGCAGCUCCAGGCUCAACAGCAGCAGCAACAACAACAACAGCAACAACACUGGUCGAUGGAAGAAACGCCGACCGCUUCCUGGGGAUCCACCUCCGACGCGACCCUCGACGAACCCGUUAAGAGUCCGCUCAGCAGUGUGUCCAGCACGGAGAGCACCUGCAGCGGUGAAGUCGCCUCGUUGACGGAGUAUCAUCACUCGUCCGUAGCGUCGAGCGGUCUUCACGUCUCUAGCGCUCCGCUUCUGGCGGCAACGCUUGCCGGUGGUCUUUGCCCCCAUAGAAGAAGGGCGAACUCGGGAUCGACGAGCUCCGGCGACGACGAGCUACAUCGUGGAUCGUUGACGAAGACGCCGCAACCACCACAGUGUCCGAGGUUUAGGAAGCUCGACUCGCCGAGUGACAGCGGGAUCGAAUCGGGAACAGAGAAGGCCGACAAACCUGUGAGCACCAGCACGGCGAGCAGUGCUCCCACUUCUGUAUGCUCGAGCCCGAGGUCCGAGGACAAGGAGUUCGAGGACAUGCCUGUACUCAAGAGGGCUCUUCAGGCGCCUCCGCUGCGCGACACGAACGCCCUGAUAGACGAGGCGUACAAACCGCACAAGAAGUUCCGCGCCCUGAGACAGAAGGACAGCGCGGAGGCCGAGCCGGCCCAGCAGUCCCAGCUACACCUUCACCUGACCUCGUCUCCGGCCGUGGCAGCGACGACGACGACACACCACCACUCCACCUACACAUCGUCGUUGUCGUCUUCGUCGUCGUCGUCUUCCGCGAUCUCCCAGUGCCCGCAGAAGGCAAGCCUACUGAGCAGCACCCAUUCCACAUUGGCCAAGAGCCUGAUGGAGGGACCAAGGAUGACCGCCGAACAGCUCAAACGCACCGACAUCAUACACAACUACAUAAUGCGCGGCGACGUUAGUCCGGGUUCUCCGAUACCCUCGCCCUCGCCGGCCGAACAGUGCGCGUCUACCACAACCGCAAGCUCGAGGUCAUCCUCCGGCGGGCUUCUGCAGUGCGCGACUUCUUAUUCCGCCUCAGGACGAUGGCCGGCUACCACUUCCGUCAUAACGACGACGACCGGGGCGCGGCAUCACCACCACCAUCACCUCCACCAUCCUUCUCACCCUCACCCACACCCUCAACACCACAGUCACCAAAUGCAGCAGCAGCAGCAGCAACAGCAGCAGCAGCACAUGCAGCAGCAACAGCAGAUGCACCAUCAACAACAACAACAACAGCAGCAGCAGCAGCAACAGGGUGAUUACUGCAACAACAGUGUUGUGCACAUAGCGAGUAACGGUUCGGGAAGUGGCAACGGUAUAAAUAAUUCGGCGGGAUCUUGUUCGCCUCAGCGUAGCGGUUCGGUUUACAACACUACUAGCGGCAACGUGUGCGCGGCGAAUAACAACGGCAGCAAUAACAACAGCAACAUCUCUUGCACGAGUACGAGUCCAAGGCCAAGCUCGACGACGGCCGUUUCAAACGCGGCUGCCGCUGCGGCAACGCUUGUGCUGUCCGGCUGUUCGAGCAACAUGAUGGAACUGCAGGUGGACAUUGCCGAUAGUCAACAGCCGUUAAAUCUUUCGAAAAAGUCACCAUCGCCGUCGCCAAGGCCGACAAUUGUCAACGGUACGUGUAGUAGUAAAGCGUUGUCACUCGAGGCGUAG